AUGUCUACAGAGACGGUUUCUUAUUGGUGUUACCGAUGCAGUCGUUUUGUGAGAUUAGCGAGACACGAAACGGUGGUUUGCCCUGAUUGCGACAGCGGGUUUCUCGAGGAAGUUGAUCAACCGUCGCGCUCUCUCCGUGUAGACUCCCGCCGACGACGUUUUCCGGCGGCAGCUAUGUACAUGAUCGGUCAACGUCCUGGUUCUGUUUCCAGUUCUGGUUCCGGUUCGGGUUCCGAUCAUAAUCAUAAUUUCCGUCCACCUUCUAUACAUAGAACUCGCCGCAACGGUGGUGAACGAUCUCCUUUUAAUCCGGUUAUAGUCCUUCGCGGCGGCGGUGGAUCGAUGGAGGUAACAGAAGGUAACAACGGUGGUGGUGGAGAGAGUCGUGGAUUUGAGCUUUUCUAUGACGACGGUGCUGGUUCUGGAUUAAGACCUUUACCUCCGAGUAUGUCAGAGUUUCUUCUUGGAUCUGGAUUUGAUAGAUUGUUGGAGCAGCUUUCUCAGAUUGAAAUCAAUGGUAUUUCGAGAUAUGAACAUCCUCCGGCGACAAAAUCGGCUAUUGAUUCUUUACCGACGAUUGAAAUUGAUAAUACUCAUUUGGAAAUGGAAUCGCACUGUGCAGUUUGUAAGGAAGCUUUUGAGUUAACUACCGUUGUUAGAGAAAUGCCUUGUAAGCAUAUUUAUCAUCCUGAAUGUAUUUUACCUUGGCUUGCACUUCAUAAUUCUUGCCCCGUUUGUCGUCAUGAGUUACCAUCUGAUUCGGAUGCUGGAACAAAUGGAACAAAUGUAAAUGUUCAACCACAAUCACAAUCGCAAUCAGAAGCAUUACCACAAACGCACUCGCAAUCGAUUGGUUUGAAUGAGGAAGAGAGUAAUGUUGGGUUAACUAUUUGGAGAUUGCCGGGUGGUGGGUUUGCCGUGGGGAGAUUUUCAGGUGGGAGGAGAGGGGCUGAGAGGGAACUGCCUGUUGUUUAUACAGAAAUGGAUGGUGGGUUUAAUAAUGGUGGUGAACCGAGGAGGAUUUCUUGGUCUUCUAUUGGGAGUAGAGGGAGGGAGAGAGGUGGUGGUUUGAGAAGGUUUUUUGGGAGUUUUUUGUGGUGUUUUGGGGGUGGAGUUGAGAAUCGACAUGUUGUUUCGAGUAGAGAGAUGAGAUCUUUGAGGACUAAUUCGCCUCAUUCUUCGAGUAUGGAUCCGUCCCCAAGGUCGCGUAGGACUUGGUCUAUGGAUGUAAACAGUGGAAUGAGAUCAUGGUAG